UUUUUCAUGCUAAAUAUACUUCGGGUAGCUCCGAUUUUGUUCGUACCACGUGAAAUGUCAAAAGUUGACAAGCGCGCCCUCUGCACCAACUACCUCUCUCUUUCCGCUUGCAAGUGUUGUGUUGCUGUUGUCGGAGACAUAAACAGCAUUCAGAAUGAAACUCAACAAGCUCGUCUCGUCCGACCGGAGUAAGAACCGGAAGAGGCAUUUCACCGCACCGUCGCACAUCAGGCGUACAUUGAUGUCGGCGCCGCUCUCCAAAGAGCUCAAACAGAAGUACAAUGUACGAACGAUGCCGAUUCGUAAGGACGAUGAAGUGCAAGUAGUACGCGGUCACUACAAAGGCCAACAGGUGGGCAAAGUAGUCCAGGUCUACAGGAAAAAAUUCGUUAUCUACAUUGAACGAAUUCAGCGCGAGAAAGCCAACGGCGCUAGCGUAUAUGUAGGCAUUCAUCCAUCAAAAUGUGUUGUUGUAAAACUGAAGAUGGACAAGGACAGGAAGAAGAUCAUCGACCGAAGGGCAAAGGGACGUCUCGCCGCGCUCGGCAAGGACAAGGGCAAGUACACCGAGGAGUCUGCGUCCGCCACUGCCGUCGACGCCUCUUAAGUUAAAGAAAUUUUGUAUUCUAUUCAAUACAAUUAAGGAUUAAUUGACAAAAAAAUGAGAAAACCCACAUAA